GAAUUAUUGAAAACCGCUCCUCUCAGUUCCUCUGAAUCAGUUGGAUUCAACAAAUGCGGUGACUUUAAGCUAUGCAACCAGCAGUACAAUGAACUCGAAUGAAUCUCCACUCUGCUUUUCUCUGCUGGCUCGUGCCAAACUAUCCAUCCAAACCGUGGCCGGAGAUGCGAGUUAGUCGAGCAUCUUUCAAUUAGCCGCGCAAGACGGCGAGGCAAACUUUGCAAUCACAUCGAAAUUCAUCGCAGCACCCACGCACGGGAUGCGGAAAGAGAGCCGCGCUGAAGCAGCUCCGAGUCGAUGAAAAUCGCAUCAAUUACGCGCGCGCCCCUCACACGGGGGAGCAGCAGGGGCAAAGGGCCGCUGGUGGGUGGCAGGGUGGGUUCACUCUCGACUUCCGGCGGCGCACCUCGCUCGGCUGGAUGCGCGGAGGAGCAGCAGCAGGGCGGCAGGCCCGGCCGAGGAUCUAUCGACCGGUGAGUGCCUAGUGGAGUGGCGGGGUGCACCGGAAGAGUCACGUCCAGCGGCAGUGACACGCGGGCGUGGUUUGUCACCAGGUGUCGCACGCAUGAGCCCAGCGGCCGGCCAAUGGGGUCGCGGUGACACUGGGGGGUGCGCAUGACCCGGCGGCACCGCCCCCGACCUCGCCGCCUCAGGAGACACACGGCACCGCCACCGCCAGUGCAGCCGAAUGCAGCACCCUCGAUGCAUCCGCUCCGACUCGCUCCCCUCAACUGGGCCUCCGUGGCCUCGUGGUUCCUGCGGCCGCCGCCGCCGCGCCUCUCCAACGGCCACGCCAGCCCCCUGAACACGGCUAUCAGAUGCACCGUGCCCGGCUGCCCCUGCGACUGUUUUGUCCCCGGCAAACUGCAGCUAAGACAAUGCGACUCGUGCAAACACGGAUGGGUGCCACACGCCCUGGACAAACUGGGCCUCGGGCCGGCCGUCGAGCCGGUGCAGGCGUCGGUGGCGUUCGACGUCGCCUCCCUGGUGUUGUACGGGUGCCAGGCGCUGCCUAUCAGACUCAAAAUUCUACUUGAUCGUGUCUUCUCCGUCCUGCAGCGCGACGAAGUGCUCCAGGUGUUGCACGGAUUCGGCUGGAGCCACGACGACUACUCCAGAGGCUACAUCCUACAGGACUCGCAAGGCGGAGUUUUGGAGCGUUGGCACAUGUGUAGCCGUGAGGAGGAGCCGCUCGUCCUGCAGCAGUUUCUGCGUUUCGGCGAGACCAGGGCAAUAACGCAGCAGCUGCUCGCGUUGGACUCGCCACACCCCCUUCCACCCCCGGCCUUCCGACCGCACGCGUCGGACAUCAAGCGCUUCAUCUCGCAGACGCCGCCGCUGUCAAAGAAGCCGGCCAGGGACCCACUCGCGUUCCUGAAAGCCCCUCCACCGUCGGCGCCACCCACGCCGACGGCGUCGCCGGCCAGCUCGGCGCCGAGCCCGCUCAGCAUCUCUCCGCUCAACAGACUGCAAAGCAUGCAGCCGCUCGACUUUCGCAAGGAAAAGACGCCCGAACGCACGAGAACAGAGCCGAGCGUGAUGGCGUCGACGCGCUCCGACAGCGACAUCGGAUCAGACGACGAGAACUCGGCCCUCAACCUCAGCCGUGACGUGAUCAGGGAGUCGAGGAGCACGUCGAACAACGUCGUCAGGCCGGUGAAGCGUCAGUGGAGCCCCCUGGGCGCGACGCUGGUCAACCCGGCGACGGGCAAGAAGCGGGUGCAGUGCAGCGUGUGUCUGAAGACGUUCUGUGAUAAGGGCGCGCUCAAGAUCCACUUCUCGGCGGUGCACCUGCGCGAGAUGCACAAGUGCACGGUCGACGGCUGCAACAUGAUGUUCAGCUCGCGCCGCAGCCGCAACCGGCACAGCGCCAACCCCAACCCCAAGCUGCACUCGCCGCACCUGCGACGCAAGAUCUCGCCGCACGACGGACGCUCGGCCGGCGGGCACCACCUCCUGCUGCCGCCGCCACCGCUCCUGGGACUCGCCUUCCCGCCGCCUCCCAUGUCGGUCGGUCCCAGCAGACUCGAGUUCUCCUCAGGUGGUUCCAUGUCCUCGGAGGAAGCGGGCCUCGGGGACAGCGACAGCGUCGAGGCGCCGGCCAAGCAGCGCAAACGCAAGAACCAGCAUCCGACGCGCAUCGCCGCUCCGUCGAGUGACGACUCGUCGCUGUCGUCGGAAGACGCCCUGCGUCGCCUCGAAACCCUCGAGCCGCCCUUUCGCGUAGGCCUGGGACUGGGCCCCCAGCCGCCCCCGGCCCCAGGCUCUGACGCAGGCGACGAUUUUGAGGACGAAGCGAUCCGCUGCUCGGCGUGUGGCCAGCACUUUGACAACCACUUCGGCGCCAAGUCGCACUUUCAGGACGUUCACCUCAAGCUCAUGCACCGGUGCAGCGUCGACGGCUGCAACGCCGCCUUCCCCUCCAAGCGCAGCCGCGACCGGCACAGCGCCAACCUCAACCUGCACCGCAAGCUGCUGUCCACCUCGGACAGACUGCUCCUACUCUCCGACCUGUCGCCGCCCCAUUCACCCCUGGCGUUCGACCAGCACGACAACGCUAGUGACCACGGCGUCGACGUCAAACCCCUCGACGACUGCGACGCGUGUGCGAACAGAUGCCUCCACGCUGCUCACUGAACACUUGUUUCCACACGCUCAUCGCGUACAAAUGUACACAGGCAUUUCGAUUCUGCAACAGUUGGGCUUGUCGAAGUUUCUCGAAUCAGACCAUCGUUGAAAUUUUCGGAUCUAAGUGGUUUUUCAACAUUUUGAAUCAUUAAUUCACGUGUUAACUAGUCAACGUUUUUAAAAGCACUUUUGGGAUCCAAAUUCACGAGUCACGCAGGUUGCAUAACUGUUGCUAAGGUUUGGGAUAGAAAUUUAAGUACAAAUUUUACUGUUGAAAAGGCGAUCGUUCAACCAUAUCCUCAUCUUCAUUACACACCGCUAAAUAAAGUUAUUUUAAAAAUGUAAUCAACUCGCCCCCAUGGACUGAACGGAAAAACGCCCUGACUGACUCGAUUUAGGAUCCCAGUGCAUGCAAGAUGAACGUGUAACAACUUAGAGGUAUAUGGAUCUGGAUAAUAUGUAUAUAUAAUUUUUCACCUAGUCACCGACAAGCCCAACACAUAGUUGUCGCUGCUCUCGAUGUUGAUCUGUAGGUGUGUCAAGUCUCUAGCUCAUCAUCUCUCGUAUAGCAAUACCUCCGACAUAAGUGUACUGUAAAAAGUGUAGCAAGCGCAUAUUCGACCUACGCUCAAAAACUCCCUGGGGGCUUCACGACUUCGUCAUUACUCUUGUACGUAUAUAUUAGAUAUUCUGUUUUCACAGUCAACCGACACCAAAGUUGAAAUGACAAAAACAACGAACCACUCGUCGUGCAAGCUGGCAGGCAGCGCAGGGCGUGCAAAAACGGUAAUAAUAAAGAAUAAUAAGAAUUACGCGUCUGCGCGUUUUAGCCACAAGCAGAAAAUCAUUCUGUGUAUGACAUCAGAAAAUAAAAUCUCAUGAUUCUCGCCUCCUUUCGCAAAUACGUACGAUAUUGUAACGAAAUGAUUGUUUUAAUAGCCGCUCGACGCGCAGAGCAAUAUUUUACGUAUAUUUCGAGAUAGAGGGACCUCAUCGAGCAAACUAGACCGAACGUGAAAGCGAGUGAAUCACGUUAAGAAUAAAAUAUUCCUCGUUGUCAGUUUCUUCAAAACGAGACUGCACGGUUGUUUCUUUUUUACGAAUAGAAAUUAAAAUAUAUAUUGUUGUCAUUGUAAACAUCUCACACUAACACAUAAUAUUCGUGGUCUUUAUAUAUAAAUAUCAUGUUUUAAUUUAUUUAACUAUGCCAACGCCCAGAGAAAAUAAGAUAUUUAUACAAAAUUAUGCAUGGUUAUGUAUCUAAUAAAUAAACGAAGACGCAGUUUUGUGUAUUUAUGAAAUGUAAAAAACGAGAAACGCUGCGGAUCUCCCUAAUCCCGCGCUUCACAAAGUACCGGAAAGUACGGUCCUCUAAUCCUUUGUGCGUGGACGACAACGAACACCAGCAGUGGAUUGUUAAAAUUUAGCUCUUAACCGAUUCUCAUCCAAUAAAUACAAAUUGAUGCCAAAUUCA